CAGGAGGGUGAGCGAGCACAAGAAACAAAAAAAAAAAUAAGAAAAUAAAAUGGCGAUCUUUGCGUGUUGUACAUUUUCGAUCGGUGCGACUGUGAAUGGAAUUUUCUACUAGAAGCAGCCCGAGGAGUUAGUUUUUCCGGUUUGUACGGGUGCAAUCCGGCCAGUUGCUUCGGAAGCGACUGUUAGUUUCGCGAAAAUCCGCCCGGGGAAGCGAACCGGAUGUGAACAUUGGGACGAAUUCCUGCUCCUAGUGGGGGAAAGUUUAGUGAUUGGAGAUUUUUGCUGACGGAGAGAAGACAGAGUGAUAUUUUUUUUUCUGGUGAGUGAGUGAACAGACGAACGACCCCCCAAAUACGCGAACAAGCAGGCGCGAGUGAGAAGAAGAAGUGUCCCGUGUGUUGGGAGCUUACAGACGAAGACGACGGAUCGGUCGGUCGGUGAUCCAUCGAAACGAACCGACGACGACGGGUGCGGUGGGUGCUAAUGGGCUGCGGCGACGGAGACGGCGAAACAGGCCUUGAGAGUGGUCGGAUUUUUAUUUUCUAGUGAAAUUCGUCGCGAAUUAAAAUCGGCACACACAAACAUUCAACGUCGCCAUCAGAAAGCAGAAGAAGCUUUGUGAACGAAUGAUUCAGUGUUUGCAAUAAAGCUAAUAAUCAAGAUUCUUGGUGCAACAGUGAAGGACAGUGGAAGAAAACGGAAAUCGUUUUUAUUUUUUUGCUUUCUGUGACCGCCGGAACCGCUUUCCGGAACAUACUACGGAUGGUGUGAGGGCAAGGUGUAUAUUUUUUUCCUAAUCGUCACGUACGCGAAAGGAGUGAGUAAGUGAAGUUGGUGUGUGUGUGUUGGUGCUCACAGCACCAAUCGGAAAGAGACAGAGGAAGAGCUCAAAAGACGUGAGGUGUCGCGGACGGACGGAAGGUUUUGUUUUGAACUUCGAGAGGCAAGUGGAAACAAACAAUCGCGAUUGUUCAUCGGUUUGGCAGCUGGAGAAUUUGGGAAACCGGAAUUUCCACCCGAUCGACGACAGAGGGAAACUCAUUGAUCAUUCUGGUUCAGAAUACGUCGACAGCUCAUCCACUGCCACCGAAUGUAACAUGAAAAAGAACUGUGAAGCAUAGAGUAGUGUAUGCGCGCGCGCGCCCGCGUUCAAACUUGUAUCGGAAGAACACCAAGAAGAGUGUCCCUUCCAAAGCAGCACGACAGAUGUAAAGACGGACGAAGAAACAUCGGAAGGAAACAACCAACUAAAGUGCAACCUGGCUGGUCGCGUCGAGAGUGAGUGGUUAACCCCGGUCGCGACUUGAGAUGCAACAAGAUGCGCACCACUCGUCGGCAUCUUGUACGACGGGUACGACGACGACAACAACACCGGUUCGGAUGCUAGUAGUGCGACGACACACGACAACCGCGACCAGUUACAACGGCAAUCACCACCCACACCACCGCCUCAACGGCAGCAACAAUUGGUAGCGCCAUCAUCAUUCGGCGGCAACAAUUACCCCCAUUACCACUACAACUACUGUCGUGUGGGUGGCAACAGCUGAGAGGGCGGUCGGUUUCGCGAAACGCGGGUUAUUCGUACUUACAGUUGUGAUUAUUUGUCGGUGUUUUUUUUCUCAUUUUGAGUAGUUUUUUAUUUGUUUUGAAACUAGAUCAGAUGAUUUCAGUGGAAGAAUCACGUGGCAAUCUGUUCGGGCGCAGUGAAAAGUGCAAGAAGUAAGAGAAGAAUAAAUAAGAAAAUUGUGUGCACCGGAAAAUUUAUGGCAAACUGCUGCUCCGUUUCUCGGGGAGUCGUUGGGAAAUAUCGACCCGUAAUCUCCGUUGUCGGUGGAGCACGGUAUAGAUAUAGGUAGAAGCUUGUCGGUGCACAUGAAAAUCCAUUGCAAGUUUUGUUAAGUUACAGAGCAAACAAUCAAACUUCCAGUGGGGAAAUAAGCCGCUCCGUAGUGUAAGUGCAAGUGCAUACCACCCAUGGUGCAGUAAAGAAAAAAAAAAGAGUGAAAUAGUGAGAUGCUAGUGCAAGGAAGAAAAAAAGAAGAAGCAUGUUGGUAAUCAAGUACGGAAAGGCUCACUUUCCAUCAUCGUCGACGUCGUCGUUGCUGUAACAUGUAGUGUGUGUGCACAAUGAGCAAUGAAAAGUAGCAGCAACAAGAAGAGUAGCAGUAGCAGCAGCAGCAGCCGGAAUCUGCAUUCAUUCAGCGCUCUUGCAGCAGCUUCGGCGGCAAGUGGCGGAGUGUUUGGCGGAUUCGCAGGACUCGGUUCGGCCUCAGCGGGCUCGGCCUCGGGGUUGUUAUCUUCCUCGUCGCUGUCAUCCUCUUCCUCGUCGUCGCUGCUGUCGGCGGGAGGCGGAGGGGGUGAUUUGGAUAUGAAAAAAUCGCUGAAACCAAGGCACGAUGAACAGGAUAGCAGAAUGGACCGCAGAGAACGUGACAAGCAGGCACGAGAACGGCAAAUGCAGGCCGAACGUGACGUCGAACCAGCACUUCCGAUAUUCGCCGCUCCGGUCAAAGUGCUCAGCCCGUCCGACAUGGACAUCCAGAUCCAGUCGAAGCUCGGGAACUUCGAGUAUGCCCGGAAGCACAUUCUGGACAACGUGGUCGGAAUCGCGGCCAGUCCGGCCACCCCGCGGUCCAACGCUCCUCCGAUGCAGAUGCCAAAUAGCCUCACCACCAGUGUGAGCUUUCCGACGCCACCGCCGUCGUCGUCGUCGUCGGUGGUGUCGUCGAUGUCCUCGCAACAACAACAACAGUACUAUCGAACGCUUCCGCCAAAAACCAAUAGCAAUAGCAGUAGUAGUAAUAGUAGCAACAGUGCCGCAGCCGCCGCCUCCGCACUUGGUGCCAGUGUAAAUAGUACCGGGAGUAGUGGUAGCAGCAACAGUAGCAGCAGUAGUAAUGCCAACUUUGUGAAACCCACGGACAAUCGGCCGAUCUACAAUGGACGUUCGGCGUCCGGGCGACACUACGGUUCGUCGUCGGCCGUCGGGACCGGUCCGGGAGCCUUCUCCAAGCAUGAGGUGCACUCGAAAGGACCAUCCUCGUCGGUGCCUGCCUCGCUGAUGAAUGGCCGCCCGACCGGUCCCGGAUCAAUCGGUGACAAAUUACCCACCCAGCUGCUGAACGGACGGCUGGCGCCUCCGCCUCCUCAGGUGUCAAACGCAAAAAUGCCUCCUAGAGUAACGGAACCGUCGACGCCCUCGAAAACGUCCGGCAACGUGGAGCAAAUCCUGAGCGAAGUCAAACUGUUCAUCGGGACGCCCCUGACGGAGAUCGGUGCCACCCCCCGGAAGGAACUGGAGCCUUACAACCUGAACAACCCCAACAAGCACAAGUACGCGCCGAACCCGGUCCUGAUGAAGCCACCCUCCUCCUUCAAGGCGCCAUUGAGCGCAAUUCCUUCGUUGUUGAAACCGAUAAGUGCUAUUGAGGACGAACCGAACGCAUCGGACAGCGACGACGGCGGUGCCUACAACAAAAAGAAACGCAAUUCUAGUGAUACCUCAUCGAAUGACAGCGCGGACGAGUCGUCCAGCGAGGAUUCGAACGUUGGCAAUAAAACCUCAACGGCGACGGGUGGCAGUGCCGGUGUCACGAUUACCGGUAACAGUGGACCCGGCCCGGGAGGUGGACCCGGUGGGGGAGGAGGAGAAGGAGGAGGAAGCGGAGCAUCAGGGACGAAUUCCACCGGAACGGGGAAUAGCACUCCGCCGCGACCGAUGGCCGCUUGGUCGUUGGUGAACUUCCUGCAACCACAGGUGCCAAGCGAGGCGGGCUCGCAACAACCCGGAGGAGGACUGACCAAUCCGGAUUCGGUGGGAUCCAACCAGAACCUGAACGACAAUGACAAUUCGUGUUCGCCGCUGAUGCCGGGAUCCCCGGUGAUGAUCAAGCAUGAACCGUCGGCAACGGAGGAGGAUCAUUUGUCGAAUAGUAGUAGUAACAACGAGACGGUUUUUGUCAAGCAGGAACCGUAUCCGAGUGAGAAUAGUACGUCUUCGCCCAGCGGUGCUGGGAUUCCGACGGCGACACCUAGUUCUGCACUGCCGGGAUUGAAUGGUGAAAGUCUGCCAGAUUUCAAUAAAUUAGGUGAUAUUAAGAACGAUCUGGACCUGUCCAGUCCGGCGAAGAGUCCGGAAAAGAGUCCGGAGAAGGACUCCAACGAUCAGGUGGAUAGCGUGGAUGAAAAUGAAGUUAGCAGUGCGCUGCUGAAGGUCAAAGAACUUCAAAAUAUCCAACCAUUAUCGGGGAUCUCCGAUAUUGAUGACAAUAAUCUCCAGCAGAACACCCUCGGAGGGUUGCUCAGUGCGGGAAGUGGAAACGUCGGACGAGUGCCUCAGAAAGUCAAACGGAAGCGGAAAGUUAACAAAACCUACCAGGACAGGGAACGGGAUCAGCAGUCAAGCAGCAGUGACGACGACGGAAUCGGAAGUUCCCAGAGGAGUAGGUCGCAAUCUUUCGAGAAGGACAAGGUUAGCAAAGGCCGAGGUCGACCCAGGAAGAAUCCGCCUACUACCGGAGGAGGAGGAUCCUCCAUUGUGGGCUCCUCCAGUGCUCGGCAAUCGGACGCCGACUCGGUGACCAGCAAUAACAGCAAACGAAGACUAUCAAUUUCCUCUACCAAAACGGUCGCUUCCACGCCCAGUAAAAAGGACGCUCCCAGUACGCCUGCCAAAAAGACCACGUCCCGAAGACGACCCUCCAAGGCCAAUCCAAAGAUCACCAGCCGGGAAGUGCUAACGACGACGGACGAUUCGGACGCGGAACCGAGUCGGACCCAGAAGGACGACACUUCCGAAAGUUCCAAAGGAAUCCGAUCGAGUCCCACGAAGGCACCAACCAGCGCGACGCUGAUGCCUCCGAAACCCCCGGGCGAAGUUGACGAUCUAUCUUCCGAUAGCAAUCCAGAGUACGUCCGGCGCCGGCUGAUUUCCCCGCAGAGAAGGACCACCAUCAUAUCGCCACCGUUUCAGCCAUCUUCCAUUUCCAAGGUGGUUCCGAGGAAGACGUCCACGUCGACCUCGGCUUCCAUUGACGACGAUGACGAUGAUGAUGACGACGAUGACGAUGAUGACGACGGAGGGGUCCGAUCGGAUAGCGAUUCCGGAAGUGCUACUGAUGGCGGUGCGGUGAAGAAGGAGAAGAAAAUCAACAAGAACAAGAGUGACCAAAAGAAGAAAUGUCUUCGCAAACUGUUCUCCAUAAGUAAGGAAGGUGGUGCCAAGGGUGGCAAAGGCGGAAAAGGCAAGGGACAAGUGGUAAUCGAAGAGGUCCAUCACUCCAAAGCUUCCUCGAUCCAAACCACGGUAAACACAACGCCCAACUCCAAGAGCAGCCACCUGCUGAGUGUACCUCCUCCCCAACCGACGGCGGAUGUCUCUCGCACCAUCACCACACCGCCCCUGGAGAACCGUUCCGCAUCAUCACUGUCGGCGUCGUCCUUGUCCGUCGCCGCGCCCGCCGUCACUGCCUCCUCCGCCGUGACCGCGACGGAAAAAGUGCUUUUAUCACCCGCCAAUACUGCCUUGAACAACAUUUCCCUCAUCUGCCGGAUCGACCUGAGUCGUCUGUUGAAGAUACCACCGCCGCCACCGGCUAAGCUGGCCAAGGCCAACGAAAGCUACAGUGCCCAGCGUAGUGCCUCGGCUCGACACAAGAGCAAAAGUCCUUAUGAAAUUAGCAAAAAGCGUCGCAACUCGAUUGCCGGCCACUGCCUGGAAAGCCAGGUCCAACGAAGGUUGAACGACGAUAAAUCCCUCGGGACGUACAGACUGAUCGACGGAGCCAUCGAUCCCAAGGCCAACGAUCCACUUCUGCUGGAAAAUGGUCGCCAUCGAAGCAACAGCAACGCCAGCGACCAUCAAUCUCGGGAACGUUCUCGGGACUACCGGGGCCUGGUGUCUCCCUCGUUACCACCUCAUCACCUUCAUCACAACAAUCAGAAGCAACCCUCAUCUGCCAAGCAGCACCUCACCUACGACGAUAAGUUACCCGCCAAAAGUGAAAAGCUCCAGUACGGAGCCAGUAGUAAUAGUACCAGCGCCAACAGCACCAACUACCCCAUCAAGGAAGACAAAUCAGCAAUACUCUACGGCGGCGGCGGCGGUAGCAACGCUGCUGGCAGCAAACCUCUCAACAUCAAGCACGAAAACCUCAUCAAGCAGGAGUUCCCGGAAGGCGAAGACAGCAAACUGGCGGCUGCUGCGCUGUCCAAAAUGCAACAGCAACAGCAGCAGCCUUCGGUGUCAUCGUCUGGGGCAUCACAACCCCCGCCACAGCCGGAAGGCAGUGGCAGCAGCAGCAACAGCCGGCGGAAACGCACAUCCAGUUCCAGCAGCAGUUCCUAUAAGGAAAAGCGACGGAAAAAGGACAAGGGUGGCACCACUGCUCAGACUGACGCCUUCGACCAAAUGCCUCCAACCAAUCACGACCGGUUAGAAGCGGACCAACAAGCCCAACCCCAGCCCCAUCAUCUGCCACCUGCCGUUGCUGUUUCCGGUGCUACUGCUGCCGCUACCACCACAACCGCUGCUGCCACACCGCAUAUUACGCCAAAGUCCGUUGCCGCCGCCGUUGGAGAUUCCUCCUCGGAUCGAACCGGCGCAGGCAACAAUUUGGCGGAAUCGGCCGGCAGUGGAUCCGUCGGAACCGUACCACCGCCGGCACCUGUGAUCAAGAAAAUCUACGUAUCGUACUUUGAACGUUCCAACGAGGACGAACUGGAGGUUCGGGACCAAAAUCGGUACCUCUCGGAGGCGAAACGGUUGAAGCAUGCCGCCGACCGCGAGGGGGACCACCUGGCGCAGGCCAUGCUCUACCUGGAGGCGGUGCUGUUCUUUCUGCUGACCGGGGACACGAUGGAACGGGACCCGAUCACCGAGAAGGCUGCCUUCACCAUGUACAAGGAUACGCUCAGUUUGAUCAAGUACAUUUCAUCGAAGUUUCGUAGUCAGCAGCAGCAUCACACCGUGCAGGGUAAUAUCCACAGUAAGGUGGCGAUUUUAAGUUUGCGGUGCCAAUCGUUGAUCUAUCUGAAGUUGUACAAAAUCCGUCGGCACGACUUCAAGGACGUGCAGCGAACCAUCACGGAGUACAACCAGAAACCGAACCAACCGGUUUCGGCCGAUAUCGUCAACGGGAACACACCGUCGCCGCUGUCGCCCACGUCGGUAGGUUCGCAGAGCUCCGGUUACGGUUCGGGUCAAACCGGCGGCCAAUCGGGUCCCAUUCCGGGUUUGUCCAUCAGUUCUUCCCCCUCACCGUGCUUGCUCAUGCCGGUGCACGUACACAUGGCAUUCCAAAAGCAAGCAACGCUCUGCAGCCACCUGCUCAACUGCCAGGAUCUAUGGGAACAAGCAGACAACCUGGUCAUACGGGGGAACCACACAGAUUUCUUCAUCGACCUGGAUCACGAAAAUGGCCCAAUGACGCUGCACAGCUCGUUGUACAAUGUGGUCAAGUACGUCCAGGCAGGUAUCCAGAAGCUCCGGCGGAUGUAAUUCCGCCGCUUGAACUACGGGUCAUAAAAAGGAAAAAAAAGGCUGACUGACACUGGAAAAAAAAACAUCAAUCUGGACGGCUGUCGAUGGGACUCAUCCCGAAAUUCAAAGGACUGAUACCAACAAUUAAACCAAUCAACCAACCUUCUAUUGUGGCACAAGGUGUUGUAGAUGGUGCAGAUGGUAGAAGGCAAACGAAACUCGAAGGCUGGACGCGGGCGUCGUAAGUGACUGACAAUAAACGAAAUCCCCGUAUAAGCGCAGGAUGUUGGGGAUUUUACCGCCACCGCCGUGUCUCGGCGAGGUGUCCGAGGAAAAAUGGUGGUUUCCGGAAGGACGACGGUUGAACUUUUUUUUUACUUCCUAAUUUCUAUUGAGUUGUUUGCAACACGGAAGAAGCUGUGAUUUCGAGAAUAGGAUGGUGUUGGAGUGGACCGCUAGAAGCGCUACUAGGACGAAUGUUGGAAACGGAAAACGGGAAUGGAUCAUUGGAUAGAGAUUUCCACGACGGGGAAUGGUUUUUCACCGGAUUACUCGUGUUUUUUUUUCUGAGAUUGCAGGAAGUUGGGAGAUUUAGGUUAAUUUUAUGAUUGUUUGUUUUGUGCGGAAUUUGGUGCUGAUUAGGCGAGAUUGGCUGAUGAAAUGGGAUUUUUUUUAUCAUUGCUCUGUUACCCCUUUUUCUAGCAGCAUGAUUCUCUGCAGCGGCUUUCAAUUUUCCGAUUAUUGAUUUGCAUACCCUUUUUUACCCCAUUAUAUAUGCGUACUUAUCACAUAUUACAUUUGCUUAACGUUUUGUUCCUUAACUG